CCAUUCAAUGCAUCGUCAUCAAUACUAUAACAACACUAGAGAUUAGUAGUUUGAAGGCCAUGGCGAUGGCUCCUUUGGAGGCCGUGCUGUUCGACAUCGACGGCACCAUGUGCGUCUCCGACCCAUUCCACCACAGGGCCUUCUCCGAGCUGCUCCAGGGCCUCGGCUACAACAACGGCGUCCCCAUCACGCCGGAGUUCGGGAUGGCGCACAUGGCCGGCCGGAGCAACGACCAGAUCGGCCGCUUCCUCUUCCCGGGCUGGGGCCAGGACCAGCUCGACGCCUUCUUCGCCGACAAGGAGGCCCUCUUCGCGCGCUACGCCGGCGAGGGCCUCCGGGAGGUCGCCGGCCUCAGCGACCUCUGCCGGUGGGCGGCCGACCGCGGCCUCAGGCGCGCCGCCGUCACCAACGCGCCGCGCGCCAACGCCGAGCUCAUGAUCUCCAUCCUCGGCCUCUCCGACUUCUUCCAGGUCAUCGUCGCCGCCGCCGACGACUGCGACCGACCCAAGCCGUCGCCGGACCCCUACCUCCGGGCGCUCACCCUGCUCGGCGCGUCUCCCCGUCACACGCUCGUCUUCGAGGACUCGGUGGUCGGGGUGCAGGCCGCCGUCGCCGCCGGGAUGCCGGUGAUCGCCGUCGCACAGGAGGCAGGGGAGGCCAAAGUCCUCGCCGCCGGAGCGUCGCUCGUCAUCAGGGACUACCAAGACGGCAAGCUCUGGGCGGCGCUGGAUAAGCUCGACGCCGCAGCUCAAGCCAAGUAGAUUGGCACAAUCAAUAUGAAAUUGUACUGUACUCAAUUGGUUCCAUUACAACAACACAAGGGGAAUACUGAUUGUACAAUAAAUGAAAAGAAAAAAAAAGAGCUAUUUUUCGCGCAUAUUUAUACUACUCACUCAA